AUGGUGUACGACGUCCAUGAACUUGGCCAGCACCGGGUGGCCCAGUAUGUCAUUGUAGGGCAUAGCGAUGUCCUCCACGUCGAAGACGACAUUCUCCAUCCGAGAAUUUUUACAUUAACGGUCGACGUGUUGUGGCAGGACGGCACGCGGCACUAUGGGGCACCAUCGACGUCCGUCAACCCCUUCAAGGUCAUCAACGACGACGAGGUUUUCCCUGGGCAAUACGUCACUGAAGCUACAGUUGACGACAUUAUUACUGGAGAUGAUGUAGCGAGUGUUGUCAAGGGAUCCACGAGGCGCAUCGGCGUCGUCAAAAGUGUGAACUCCAAAGACCACACGGUGAAUUUGUCGUGGUUCAAGCAAGCUUCCCACCCUGACGUGGCCAAUAGAUGGGAAGAAGCUGAGUGCGACGACACCGUUAGUGCGUAUGAUUUGGACACCGACCCUGACCACUGUGUUUUCUACGGUGACGUCGUCGUACGUCUUCUGCCAAACAAUGUUAGCGGAAGUACACAACUAGUGCAGCAACCACAGGAGCAAUGCAUCGAGAAGGGAGCCCCUGCCGACCUUUCAUGGGUCGGCCGUGUUGUGGACCUUCAUGACGGCCUUGUCCAAGUCAAGUGGGGUGACGGCACCACAUCAACGGUAUUACCACAUGAGAUCAGUGUGGCCAAUAAGGAACACUACACGGACCUGGAGGCUGAAAUGGGCGACUGGGUGGAGGAGAACAAUGUCGAUGCUCCUCAGGAAAUUGGUGAUGCCAACAUGGACAAUGAUCCAACAGAUCCAGUAGAUGCUAGAAACGUUGAAGGAGGCACGGUUGAAACCGGUCAGGAAUCUAAUAAUGAUUUGGAUUUAGAUAGCUCUGCCGCCUCAAGGACAGGCCGGCUGGGUGGUUUCAUCCUGUCCAUGAUCGAAGCGGUUGUGCAAGUACUGGCUCGAGGUAAGUGGUAUCUUGUGAACGGAUCAGCGGCAUCAGCCUCAGAUUUGCCUCAGACCACACAGAAUGCCGAAACACCGGCGCUUGUAUCCACGGGUAUUCAGAAAGAUCCUAGCAUUGAUAGCGCUGAAACGGAGGCCAGCUUGGCUCCUGUGAUAAGAAGUGAUGCAAGUAUCGAUGACGAUGACUUAGCUGAGAACGUGGUGAAAGCCAGAGAAGCCAAUGGCGAUGAAGAUCCAUCUAACUUCCCACGCUUUGAUGUAGUGCAGAGCCCUCCAGACCACCAUUACCUUGAUAGCAUGGACGAGGGUGGCAGCGGAGGAAAGACGUGGAUCAAGGCGGUGCAAAAGGAAUGGAAAAUAUUGGAGAACAGCUUACCGGACACCAUCUCCGUGCGGGCGUUCGAGGAUCGCAUGGACCUAUUUCGGGUGGUGAUGGUGGGCGCCAGCGGGACACCGUACCAAGACGGGCUCUUCUUUUUCGACCUGCAUUUGCCACCGUCCUACCCGGAGGUACCACCGGAGGUGUACUACCAUUCGUUCGGCCUCCGCCUUAACCCCAACCUAGAUGAGUCCGGUACGGUGUGCCUCAGUCUACUCGACACCUUUGGCGGUGAGGACACCGAGCUGUGGACGCCGGGCACGUCAAGCCUCCUCCAGGUCGUCGUCUCCAUCCAGGCCCUCGUCCUCAACGACCAGCCCUUCUACAACGAAAGCGGUUAUGAGACCUUGGUCGACAAGCCGGAGGGCCAACGCAACGUGCUGCCUUACAGUGAGAAUGCCUUCUUGCUCACUCUCCGGACGGCACUCCACCUGCUGCGCCGGCCGCCUAAAGGAUUUGAGGGGUUUAUCAGUGAGCACUUUCGCCGACGCGGGAGGUACGUGCUCCGGAGAUGCGAGGCGUACCUGCGGGGUUUUGUGCCUACUGAGGAGGGAGGCAUGGAACUUCUGUGCUCGGCCGGCUUCAAGAUCACACUAGGCAACAUAGUGCCGAUGCUCGCGGUUGCGUUCACAGAGAUUGGCGCCGAAGGGUGCUAG